AUGAAGCUCGCCGUCCUCGCCCUCUGCCUCUCCGCCGCCUCGGCCUUCGUCGCGGCGCCCGCCGGUCGCGCCCCGACGAAGGUCGCCGCGGCGCCCGCCGCGGGCAUCGGGGGCGACCUCACCGGCAAGGUCGCAUUCGUCGCCGGUGUCGCGGACUCGACGGGCUACGGCUGGGCCAUCGCCAAGGCCCUGGCCGAGGCCGGCGCGACGAUCAUCGUCGGCACCUGGCCGCCCGUGCUCAACAUCUUCAAGAGCAGCCUCGACAAGGGCAAGCUCGACGACGACCGGAAGCUGUCGAACGGCGGCAUGAUGGACAUCGCCAAGGUCUACCCGCUCGACGCCGUCUUCGACACGCCCGACGACGUGCCCGACGACAUCAAGGCGAACAAGCGCUACGCGGGCCUCGAGUCCUUCACCAUCAGCGAGGUCGCCGAGUCCAUCGCGAAGGACUACGGCAAGAUCGACAUCCUCGUGCACUCGCUCGCGAACGGCCCCGAGGUCACGAAGCCCCUCCUCGAGACGUCCCGCAAGGGCUACCUCGCGGCCAACUCCGCGAGCGCCUACUCCUUCGUGAGCCUCGUGCAGCACGUCGCGCCGAUCAUGCACGAGGGCGGCGCGGCCGUGUCGCUCACGUACAUCGCGUCCGAGGACGUCAUCCCGGGCUACGGCGGCGGCAUGUCGUCGGCCAAGGCGGCCCUCGAGAGCGACACGCGGACCCUGGCCUGGGAGGCGGGCCGCAAGUACGGCGUCCGCGUGAACACGAUCUCCGCGGGCCCGCUCAAGAGCCGCGCGGCGAGCGCCAUCUCCACCAAGGGCGAGAAGUCCUUCAUCGACCUCGCCAUCGACUACUCCAAGGUCAACUCGCCCCUCAACAAGGACCUCUACGCCGACGACGUCGGCGCGUCCGCCUUCUUCCUCCUCUCGGACCUGUCCCGCGCGGUCACGGGCGUGACGCUCUACGUCGACAACGGCCUCCACUCCAUGGGCAUGGCCGUCGACUCCGCCGCCCUCAACGACGGCGGCUCCCUCCCCGUGCCCCAGCGGGUCUAG